UAGGCGGCGCUUAUCACAGGUGCGCUUCAAAACAUGGCGUAAGGUGUAACUUCUUUGGUAUGUUGACCAAAACAUGACCUAAAUGGAAAUUUAGCGAGCAGGUUUACUUUUUUAACGCCAUAUUUCGAUAUUUCAUUUUUAUUUUAUUUUUUGAGAACUGUUUUUAAACGGCAACCAUUGAAGGCAAAGGCAGGCCCGGUACCUUCCCAAGUACGGAAGUAGUACCGACACGCAUUCCCAAAAUGACGGACCCUAUUUCAAACUUUUUAAAAAGCAAGCUACUAGGGCUUGCAUCCCUACUUUUGCUGAUAGCAACCAUGGCCACGAUAACUGCGUGUCUUCUGCCGUUUUGGUUCAGUCUGAAGAUGCAUCUAGUGUUUGUUGAGGAUAGCAGACCCGAGGCGCAACAGAGUUCUGUGGAUAGGACAAUCAACUGUGGCCUGUAUUUCCUGGACGAAGACAGAUUCAUCAACACACUGAUGCUGGACAAAGCAGACAAUACUCACUUCAUGCCUGCACUCCUUCGCGUCUCUCAGCUGUUGUACCUACUCGGUAGUAUAGGAAUCGUGCUCUGCUGUGGGUCUUCAUUUAUCCUGGCAUUCAAGCAGUAUGCCUCCCCGACAGGAGAAAUGUUCCUUGCUGCAGGAGCAACUGGAUUUUCCCUGAGUCAAGUAAUUGGUUGUAUCCUCAUCCUCCUACAUAUGGCCUUCUUCAGUCAUCAAGCCUGGCAAAACUUUCCGGCGGAAGACUACAUCCCUCUACGUUAUAAUUACUACACCAUCCUUAACGCCCACCCAGACAUGAGUCUGAACUUCGGCUAUUUCAUCGGAGGGGCAGCUGCCCUCUUCAGCUUAGUGGCAGCAGUAAUGUUAUGGAUGCAGGCAUGCUGUACGUAUUGUCAUCUGAAACGCGUCAGAUACAACAUGCUGCGGGAGAAACCUGAUCUGGGCUCUAGUCCCAUUCCGACCAAAGGCUCAUACUUUAAUCGUGGAUUUGUUCGUACGUCACCCAUGGAAUAUCCGGCUGUAGUUCAGUCAGCACCGAUGCCGCAAUAUGCCCCAGUUAUGCAAUACGCGCCACCACAAACGGGUUAUACAGCUACGGAGCUAGACUUGUAAUUUUGGUACAUGUGUAUAUAACAAUCAGACAUAUUGGGAUUCCACUCUAUGGUUUACUACUUCAAGAAUAUGUAAUCUCUAGCAUACAGCAUUUUCUUAUCUAUGGAAUUUAUUUUAGCAGUCUUGUAUAUAUAUUGUAUAGGCAAGAUGGCAUGCUUCAAGUCAAAUUUAAAAAUUAAUACUAUGCUAGUCAAGGGAUCAUAUUUAUCAAAUGAAGAAUUAAAUGUAAUCUAAAGAACAUGAUGAAAAAAAAGAACAAUAUUUGUGCCAUAUGAAUAAAAAAAAACUUGUAUGAAAAUGCAAGGACUGCUUUGGGAACUUUGAUUUCUUAUAAUUCCUCUGUUCAUGCAUUAUACUUGAAUCCUUCAAUACAGAAAAAAUAAACUGUGAAUCUAUUUAUGUUAGGAAUUUUAUCUACUAUAAAAUCAUUAGAUGAAGACACUGAUUAGGUAUUGUAAUUUUUAAAAAAAAAUAUAUACAAUUUUUACAUUAUAUUUUAUGAGACAAACUAUAAUUAUGAUUAUGUACAUAAUUCAUUUUUCUGUUCAUAUCAUUAUUUGGUUUACACUGUAUAUUAAAUGAAACAUUCCAUAAUCAUCUUUUAUAUUUACAAAUAUGUAUAAUACAAUUGUAUAUUGUAAACUUUUGAAUAAACAAGCUUUAAAA